AAGAUGUUUGGUGUGUUUUGGUAACAGAUAGUAUUUGCUCAGCCUGUUCACAUACUGUAGCACAGGUUUCACUAGAAGCUCAACCCAGUUGUUUCCCGCCUAUUGCCUAAAACUCAGCCCCACCCCUUGCUGUUUUACUUGGUUUCAUAAUACUGCUCUCUCAGUGCGUGUGGAGCAAACCAAAGUCACGGUAGGAGUAGCUGCCCUGGUGAGGAGUCUGCUUAAUACAACGGGAGAGAGGAUCGUCAUUCCCCCUGCCCUGUCUCUGCCAGACAUUGCUGUCAGUUGCCGCCUGUUUGCCGACCAGAGGAGAAGAGACAAGUCAUUCAUUACAGCUUCACUGGCGUCCGUAGCCUUCGUCAACAACCAGCCAGAGCCAACAUGCAGGAAGAGUCUAAACAAAGAAGAAUGACCAUGGAUUUCUCCCAGCUGCACACAUAUACGCCGCCACAGUGUGCUCCAGAGAACACUGGCUAUACCUACUCUCUCAGCUCCAGCUACUCCACAGCAGCGUUAGAGUUUGAGAAAGAGCACCAGAUUGCGGCUGUGUACGAGUCGCCCAGGAUGUCACGGCGGAGCCUGCGUCUGCAGACCAGCGCCGGUCACUAUGGCAACGAGAGCCUGGCUGAUUACUCCCAGAACCACCACAGCAGCAGCAGCAGCAACUACACCAACACCAGGAGGGAGACACGGACGCUGCGAAGCAAAAAGCAGCAGUCCAGUUCCGGCGCUCUGUCUUUAUCCCUGAGCCAAGUCGCCACACCGAGGAAAACCCUCUCCUUCUCAGCUGUUAGCACCCCGGUUAACAGCAGCAGCGUCGUCAUUCAGGAAAGCAACACAGCGUCUGAUGCGUCUCUGCUCCCCUCCAUAGUGGAUCAGUCCCAUCUGAGACACCGCACCAUCACUACAACAACAACCACCACCUCUACUUCUGUGGAUGGACACUGGGGAAAGAGCUUCAGCGCUGACCACAGUUCAUCAAGUGUCAACGGUGACGCCAGUGCGUCAAAGUCCCACACCUCGCUCGCCAAUGGUUACGUCUGCAAAGACUGCUCUUUACACUCUCAGAACAUGGACUCCUUUAUCACACGGUCUUCAUCUUCAUCAUCAUCAUCAUCAUCUCAGGCUGCAGAAGCUUCCUCAGGCACCCUCUCCUACUCCUCGUCACCUUUCACAAGCAUAUACUCCAGAGACCGGAGUCGAAGGAACAAGACAGGUAUCCUGGUGUCUAUGUCUAACACGUGUAUGCACUACAGCAAACGAGCCCUGGUCGCCAUAGUGUCCUUAGUCACCCAGCUCUUCAACAGUGUGCUCUGGCUGGGUUCAAGGGCCAAGAGCCCUCCAGGAAAAGGUGUCCUUUUGUCGUUUUCGGACUCGAUGAGACGAGCCGUGUCCUCCAGUUUGUCCCAACUGUGGCUGUUUAAGCAGACCACUCUCCACAGGGUGAUGGGCUACCAGGCUAACGGCUAUGAAGGACAAGAGACCAGCCGUUACUCGAAAGCUCACUCGAGUUUCUGUGGAAGCAUGAAUGUGAAGGGCCUGGUGACUGAAGAUUCAUCACAUCUCAAUCUCAAUGGUUCCCUGUGUGAUGACUGUAAAGGGAAGCAGCAUUCAGAGACACACACCGUCCUCCUCACACAGUCCUCCAGGUCUCGGCGCCUGGCAGGGGCACUGUGGAUCAUCUUAGCUUACGCAGGUUACUGCCUCCUUCAGCCAGGUUACUGUGUGGUGAGAGCAGGCAAAGCUUUGGGAUCCGGGGCAGCGACCGCGGUGCAGAGGCUGCUCUCACUGUUUUGGAUGCUCCUGGCAGCUCCAGUGAAGGCAGGCAGGGGACUUCUGUGGUUUCUUGCAGCAGGAUGGUACCAGCUGGUGUCUCUCAUGUCUCUCCUCAACGUCUUCUUUCUGACACGAUGCCUCCCCAAACUCUGGAGGCUCCUGCUGUUUCUUUUGCCCCUUCUGCUCCUCCUCGCUUUAUGGUUGUGGGGUCCGUCCACUGCUGCCCUGCUCGCCUACCUUCCAGCCAUAAACCUAACUGAGUGGCGUCCAGCCUCUCCCUUCACCCUCCUGUCUAACUUGGUGCCAGCUUCUGCUCCGGGUCCUGCGUCUGUCCCCGUCCUUCCACCAGAUACUCCAGUGGAGCAGACCCCAGCCACCCCAGUCUCAGAGGCACCACCGAUGUUUCCCCCUGUAGCGGUCUCUAGUGUGGACUUGGAGCGACUUGAACGUGUGGAGCGCCAACUAGCCCUGCUGUGGGAGCGAGUCCAGAAGGGUGACCAGAAGCAGGAGCAGGAUCACAGAGACAUCAUGGGUUUCUACAGCACCCUGAGGGAGCAGCUCCACACUCAGACCGACAGGGAGAGCCUCGGACUGUGGGUGUCCUCCCUACUGGAGAAGAGAUUCGGCAUGUUACGGGGAGAGUUAGAGGAGGAGAACACACACAGAGCACAGAGUGAGGAGCAGCAGAAACAGCACCAAGAGAGUCAGGCAACACGGUUGGCUGAUUUAGAAUUGCUGCUCAACGCUCUGAAUGCCAAAACGGAGGAGGUUCGACACAAGCAGCAGCAGUAUGAGCACGAGAAGCAGGAACGAGAGAGAGAGGUUGUCACUCCAGCUGCAGACCCAGUUCCUGUCAGUGUGGGUGUGAAGCAGGAGGACCAUGAUGCUCUGCUAGUGGAGGUGCAGAGACUUGAGGCAGAGCUGGGCAAAAUCAGACAGGACCUGCAGGGUGUUGCGGGAUGCAAGGGCAAGUGUGAGCAGCUGGACACACUGCAGGAGACGAUAUCAACCCAGGUGUCCUCCCAGGUUCGUAAGGAGCUGCAGGCCCUGUUCUUCGGCAGUGGUGGGUCAGGAGAGGAGCAGGAUGCACUGCCUGAGUCUCUGGUCCUCUGGCUCUCCCAGCGCUACGUGAGCACACCAGACCUGCAGGCCUCACUGGCCUCACUGGAGAUGAGCAUCCUGAGAAACGUGUCUCUGCAGCUGGAGCUUAACCGGGCCCAAACCCUGGGUGAGGCCGAGUCCCAAGCCAAGACCAUCGUUCAAACAGUAACUGGGACUGUCCAGCAUACUGCUACCACUGAGGGACUGACAGAAGAGCAAGUGAAGCUGAUUGUCCAGAACGCUUUGAGGCUCUACUCCCAGGAUCGAACAGGCCAAGUGGACUACGCCCUGGAGUCUGGAGGUGGCAGCAUCCUCAGUACUCGCUGCUCAGAGACAUAUGAGACCAAGACAGCCCUCAUGAGUCUGUUCGGACUGCCACUCUGGUACUUCUCCCAGUCUCCACGUGUUGUCAUCCAGCCUGAUGUGUACCCAGGUAACUGCUGGGCGUUCAAGGGCUCUCAGGGCUAUCUGGUGAUCCGAUUGUCCCUGAGAAUCUUGCCUACAUCCUUUUGCGUGGAGCAUAUCCCCAAGGCCCUGUCCCCAACUGGAAACAUCACCAGUGCCCCACGCAACUUCACUGUUUUUGGUUUAGAUGAUGAGUACCAGGAAGAAGGAAAGCUGCUGGGAAACUACAUAUACCAGGAAGAUGGGGAGUCACUACAAACCUUUCCUGUUAUGGAGCAGAAUGACAAGACCUUCCAGAUCAUCGAGGUGCGGGUGCUGUCUAACUGGGGUCACCCAGAAUACACCUGCAUGUACCGCUUCAGAGUCCACGGAGAACCUCGGCCUCAGUGAACCGACCACUAACAUAACUGCUCACACACGACGUAUCACACUAUCUGUACAUAGCUCUCGCCAACUUGUUAAAAACAGAGGGGACUUGGCAGUACUUUGUGGACGUUUUUGUAUGAAAGACACGAUGAAGAACACAGAAGUUGUGGAUUGUUAAAGGAACGUGCCCAGACUGAAUAAUGAACAUGUGUUUUGUAAAAUUGAAAGAAUCACAGGAAAGUCUGUAUGGGGACUGUCAAUGAUCGCAGAAGAGGAACAGAACCACGGAAGAAGCUAAAACUCCAAGUCCCCUUUUUGUAAAAGGUCUCUUGCACUGAAACAGUCCAUCAGGGCGGCUAGGCUCCACUGAGCAAACAAAUCCAACCCCCCUCUUGGCACCUUCCACUUCUACAGGGAGGUUGACGCUUGAAAUGGGGGAUUACAGACUCACCUCCACCAUUUCCUUACACACUUCAUCUCAGUCUGAUUUGAUUUCUGCUUCUUAAUCGUCUGUUUAUAACUUUGAUUUCCUGUUAGUCUUCUAUCUUCAGGAUCAAAGCCACUGCACCUUUUGCCUGCGACACUGUCCAGGCAUGUCACUCCCUUUGUUGCUAUAGUUAUUGCAAUGACUUUAACUGAACUGCAGGACUGGACACACUCACAGUGGGUGUAUACUGGACAUGAAGGGUUCACUACAUUCAAGGCUUGGCAUCAUGUAUCCACAUAGCCAUAACUAAGAUGUUUUUUUUUUGUUUUGUUUUUUUCUUUUGGAACUGAACAUGCUGCCUAUGGACAGGCUCUGAAUGUUUUCUCAAGUGGAGGCUUUGAUGCAAGUCAUCCUUUAACUUCACAGCAAACACUAUAAUAUAACCACUGACCUGAGCUCUGCGUUUUUAGAGCAGCAGGAGGCUCUUCACUAUGUACAUUAGAAAAAAUAUGUGUACGGUUAUGGAUGGACUCCAGGAUUCAUUCUAGCAUGUGACUCUUUCCGAAAAAUACUCUAACUUCUACAUGCAUCAUGGAGUGUGUCCUCUCUGAAGUUUUGAGUCCUAGGCCUGGAUCUCAAAAUACCAAUCAAUGUUUGAAAGCUACAUAAUAUAACUUCUCCUGUAGAGUGUGAUUUUAUUUUUUUUCCCCUUCUGUUUCUACCCAGAGGAGACUCUUGUCCGUCUCCCUCUAGCUCAGUUAUAAACGUCCUCCUCACAUGGGCUCCCCCUAUUCUGAAACCCUGAAGGAAUGUAAUCUGUAUAUUUCAUUGUUGAUAGUUGGUCCUUUAUAAUAUCUGCUUUUAUCAGUGUUGCUUUACAAAAAAAAAAUCAUCCUUCGUUACUAUUAUUAUUAUUAUUGUUAUUAUUAUUAUUAUUGCAUUACUACCAUUAUUUUUACAUUGUGUUGUUUUGCUUUUGUUUUGGGGUUGUUGAUAAUGUCAGAGAAUGCACUGCAACAACUUGUUAGAGAUAUUUGUGGCACAGGUCUUCACAAUUUGUUUAAAAGAAAUGGGGGAUAUGUGUAGUCAUCAAUUUUGGUUGCAAAUAUGGGGAAGUCUAAAAUUCUAUGUAUAAAAUAAUGUUUUGUUCACAAUCUUAUUUAUUAACAAGUCAGUUAGUGACUGCAAGAUAUGAGUUACUGCAAUGUAUAUUUUGUCAAAAGCUGUUCAGUGCAUUUUGGAACCAUCUUGGGACUUUUUUUUAAGAUAAAUGGCUAUUUUUGUUCAGUCAUGAGAUGACUUAACUGCUUUGGAAUAUAUUCCAAUAAAGACUUUAAUUUUGAAGAACUUCUCUGAAUAACAA